UGAAAAGUCACUUAUUUUGCAAUCCGUGGAUGUGUUUCUCUAUUUUUUAUUACACUUUUGUAAUUCUAUAAAAUAGAUUCCGGUAAUCUUUAAUAAUGUCGUCGCCACUUGAAAAUUUAGAAACUCAAUUAGAGAUGUUCAUAGAAAAUGUGCGACAAAUACGUAUUAUCGUUAGUGACUUUCAACCGCAAGGACAAAGUGUAUUGAAUCAAAAGAUACAGUCACUUGUUACUGGGCUACAAGAGGUUGACAAGUUGAAAUCUCAAGUUCAUGAUAUUCAUGUGCCAACUGAAGUGUUUGAUUACAUUGAUCAAGGAAGAAAUCCUCAGCUUUACACUAAGGACUGUAUCGACAAAGCCUUGGCAAAGAAUGAAGAAGUUAAAGGGAAAAUUGAUUCAUACAAGCGCUUUAAGAGCCAUCUAUUGUCGGAAUUGUCAAAAACAUUCCCUAAUGAAAUAGCAAAAUACAAAGCCAUUAGAGGUGGUGAAUAAUAAUUUAAUAUUGAAAUAUAUUUAAUUGUAUACAUAGCUGUAAGUAAUUUAAUGUUUUCUCUUGGAACUGAUAAAUAUUGUAUUUAAGUUUAUAUUGUCUUAAAAUAUGUGUUGCCACUCUCAAAUUUGUAUUAAAAUGUGAUUCCUGUCAUUCUCUAUGAGCAAUUCAAAGAUAAGAAUAUGUUUUUUUACAAAGAAGGCAAUGUAAUUUAAUUGUUAGGUAGUUUUAAAGUAAAAUAUAAGUUUUUAAAAGUAGUCUUUUAAUUGUGAUAGUGACUACUAUGGUUGUAUGUAUCCCUUUAGUAUUUGUAUAAAUUUCUUAUCUUCCAUAUGUAAAAUCUCAAUAAAAAACUUAAUCUCUCA